AUGGGCUGCGCCCCUAGCAUCCACGUCUCGCAGAGCGGUGUGAUUUACUGCCGGGACUCGGAGGAGUCCAACUCUCCGCACCAGACCACCACCAUCUCGCAGGGCACAGCCACCCUGCACGGCCUCUUCAUCAAGACAGACGCGGCUGACGCCAUCCCCUCCGUCCUCGCCUACCAGAGCCGGCCGCCGCCGCCCUCUGCCAGUCCCCGGCGCAGGGAGCGCAGAGAGCCCGGCGCCUCAGCCCGGGCCAGGGCACCGCGCUGCUGCGGCGUCGAGGCGGAGACUCAGACAAGCGACGCCGACGUCAAGGUAAACGGCGGCCACACCGAACAGGGGUACCCGGUAGGGCUGGUUAUUAUUUUUCUUUAUCAGGCUUCAACUACAGAAGUACAAAUUGGGCCCAUGAGACUGACACAAGAUCCAAUUCAGGUUUUGCUGAUCUUCGCUAAAGAAGACAAACAGAGUGAUGCUUUCUGGUGGGCUUGUGACAGAGCUGGAUACAGACGCAAUAUUGCUCGGACUUCAGAGUCAGCGCUUGAAUGUUUUCUUGAUAAGCACCAGGAAAUAAUUGUUAUAGAUCACAGGAACUCCAGAUAUUUUGAUGGGGGAGAUAUCUGCAGGUCUAUUCGUGCCACAAAACCAUCAGAGCAUACUGUAAUACUUGCUGUGGUUCCACGCAUAUCUACUGACGAAGAGGAGUCUUCUGUUCUUCCCCUUCUUAAUGCAGGCUUUGAUAGGCAAUUCAUGGAGAAUAGCAGCAUAACUGCAUGUUACAAUGAACUGGUUCAAAUAGGACAUGGGGAAGUGCGAUCUCAGUUCAAAUUACGGGCUUGCAAUGCAGUGUUUACAGCAUUAGACCAUUGUCAGGAAGCUAUAGAAAUAACCAGUGAUGAUCAUGUCAUUCAGUAUGUUAAUCCAGCCUUUGAACAGAUGAUGGGGUAUCAUAAGGAAGAGCUUAUUGGCAAAGAACUUACUGAACUACCAAGAAGUGAUAAAAACUGUGCAGAUCUUUUAGACACUAUCAACACAUUUAUUAAAAAAGGAAAGGAAUGGCAAGGAGUUUACUACGCAAGAAGAAAAUCAGGAGACAGUAUCCAGCAACACGUGAAGAUAAACCCUGUGAUUGGCCAAGGAGGGAAAAUAAGACAUUUUGUGUCCCUGAAAAAGCUUCACGGUACCAAUGAGGACAACAAACAGCUCUACAAGAGUCACUGUGAUGAGAAGUACACAGGAGACCAUUCUCAGUCAGAAUCUCAUUCCUUCAAAUGCAAGAGCAGAAGGAAAGACUCAAUUGAUGUUAAGUCAAUAACAUCUCAAAGCAGUGAUGCUCCAAGUUUACAGACCUGGCGGUACUCUUCUAUGGCAAGGAUCCACUCAAUGACAAUAGAAGCUCCUAUCACAAAGGUUAUUAACAUAAUUAAUGCUGCCCAAGAAAACAGCCCCAACACAGUGGCAGAGGCCUUGGACAGAGUUCUGGAAAUCCUGCGGACGACAGAACUUUACUCCCCUCAGCUAGGUACCAAAGAUGAAGAUCCUCACACAAGUGAUCUUGUUGGAGGUCUGAUGACUGAUGGCUUGAGAAGACCAUCAGGAAAUGAGCAGGUCUUUUCUAAGAAUAUGAACCUGAGCCAUAGUCACCUUUCAGUGCCAAACACCAUCAACGACAUUCCACCCUGUAUUGCACAGCUCCUGGAUAAUGAGGAAAGCUGGGAUUUCAAUAUUUUUGAGUUGGAGGCUGUUACAAAUAAAAGGCCAUUAGUGUAUUUGGGCUUAAAGAUUUUUGCCUGCUUUGGGGUCUCUGAGUUUUUAAACUGUUCAGAAGCAACACUGCGAGCGUGGCUGCAGGUGAUCGAAGCCAACUACCACUGUUCCAACUCAUACCACAACUCCACUCACGCAGCAGAUGUCCUGCACGCAACCGCCUUCUUUCUCAGAAAGGACAGAGUUAAGGAAAGUCUUGACCAUUUAGACGAGGUAGCUGCAUUAAUAGCUGCCACCAUUCAUGACGUAGACCAUCCUGGACGGACCAACUCUUUCCUGUGCAAUGCAGGAAGUGAAUUAGCUGUCUUGUACAAUGAUAUGGCUGUGUUAGAGAGUCAUCACACAGCACUGGCAUUCCAGCUUACAACUAAAGACAGCAAGUGCAACAUUUUCAAGAAUAUUGAUAAAAAUCACUACCGAACAUUGCGCCAGGCCAUUAUUGAUAUGGUUUUGGCAACAGAGAUGACGAAGCACUUUGAGCAUGUGAACAAAUUUGUGAACAGCAUCAACAAGCCAAUGGCAUCUGAGGAGACCAGCAGCAACUGUGAAUUUACAGCCAAUAUAAAGAAUUUUCCAGACAACCAGACCCUGAUCAAGCGCAUGAUGAUUAAAUGUGCAGAUGUAGCAAACCCGUGUCGCCCUCUAGAGCUGUGUAUUGAAUGGGCAGGCAGGAUUUCGGAGGAGUAUUUUGCACAGACUGAUGAAGAGAAGAGACAGGGUCUGCCUGUUGUAAUGCCAGUAUUCGACAGGAAUACCUGCAGCAUCCCCAAGUCUCAAAUUUCCUUCAUUGAUUAUUUUAUAACAGAUAUGUUCGAUGCAUGGGAUGCAUUUGCACAUCUGCCUGUUUUGAUGCAGCACUUGGCUAAUAACUACAAACACUGGAAAACACUGGAUGAGUUGAAGUGCAAGAGUCUCAGGCUUCCAUCAGAAAACAACAACUAAGGCAAGAAAAGCAGACCUCUCAAUC